GGUUUGCUCGUCGACAUGAAGAUCUUGGUCCUAGCGGCCUUAAUUGUGGCCGUAUCAUCGGGCCGGCUCAGCAAACCCAGCGAUGCAAACGAUGAAACAUCUCAAUGGCCAUGGGAAACCGGAAAAAUUUACCGCUACGAUGUCGAAACCCACACACUGGCUUAUCACGCGGAGGGCGCUAGCACUGGAAACUCUUUCAAAGCCCGAUUUAUAAUUCGUGUGAAAGCUCCUGGUCAGCUUCAGGCUAAAUUGGAAAUGCCGCAAAAUGCUCAAAUUCAUCAAGAGCUAAAGCACCAUGACGUCCAUGAAGCAAACCCUGAAGUUGUAAACUAUCAACCUGUACCAAAUCUUGACAAACCUUUCGAAAUUUCUCACGACGGAGGUAGAAUUCUCUCAAUCGACUUACCAACUUCCGUGUCAGUCGCUGAAGAGAACUUAUUAAAAGGCCUUAUCAGUUCAUUACAAGUAGAUUUAUCUACCCAUCGCAACGUCGAUAAUUCACACGACACGUACGACAAGGAAAGUCAACAAGGUUUAUUCAGGAAGAUGGAAACAGACGUCACUGGUGACUGUGAGACUCUUUACACAGCUUCUCCAGCACCUCCCGAAUGGAGGCGUGAACUUCCAAACUUCACGGAAGAAGAGGACCCCAUGGAAAUCACGAAAAGCAAGACUUACGGACAUUGCCACCAUAGAGUUGGCUACCACUUCGGUGUACCAGCUGGUGCAGAGUGGACUGGUACGGCGCACAAGCCUGAUGAGGAACAGUUCAUCAAAGAAGCAACAGUAUCGAGAAUUCUCGUCGGUAAAAACGGCCCCAUCUACAAGGCAGAAACGACAAGUACGGUCAAUGUGCACCCUCAUAUGUUCGGAAAAAAGAAGGCAGAAGUACGCAGCAAAGUCAGUUUUCGUUUAAUUUCGUACGAGCAGGACUCAGAAACUGCAUGGCCUCAACCUGAAGCUAAACGCGAAGUUACAACUCUUCUGUACUCUUUAAAUUCAAAACAAAGAGAUAUCAAUGAAGACAGCUCAUCGACUUCAUCGUCUCACGAAUGGACAGAAAAAGUAAGUGACGUUACUAAAUACUCUAGAAACCGUCGUUCUGUAAAACCGAAAAAUGUCGCGUCUAAUAAUAAAGUUAUAAGGAAGAAUCGUAAUGACGUAUCUGUUUCUUCGAGUUCUAGUGAAUCCGCUUCCGUCUAUGUUAAUGAUGAGGUUCCUAAAAGUAAUGAGCCUGCUUAUGCUGCUUUAUAUAUGAGUCCACAGCCUAACGGUGAUAGGAAAGAAAACCCUAUGAAUGCACAAAAGUUGGUACAAGAAAUUGCACAACAAUUACAAAAUCCCAACAACAUGCCUAAAGCAGAUACUCUUGCUAAGUUUAACAUCCUGGUUCGUGUAAUCGCUUCUAUGAGCUACGGACAGCUCAGUCAAACGAGUCGCAGCAUUGAAAUAGCAAAGUCGAGCAACGAUAAUGUCAAAUUGGAUAUGUGGAUGGUCUACAGAGAUGCCGUGACGCAAGCGGGUACAACUCCAGCGUUCCGACAAAUCAAAACAUGGAUUGAAAAUAGAACAAUAGAAGGAGAAGAAGCUGCGCAAGUUAUCGCUUCUCUCGUAAGGUCGUUACGCUACCCUACUAAAGAAACUAUGUCGCAAUUCUUUGAGUUGGCUAUGAAUCCAGAAGUAAGGAAACAGCCUUACCUUAACAGCACUGCCUUAAUUGCCGCAAGCAAGUUCAUUAACAUGGGCCAAGUAAACAAUGACACCACUCACCAUUACUACCCUUCGCAUAUGUACGGUCGUCUGUCACCUAAGCAUGACAAUUUUGUUGUAGAUGACAUACUUCCUCGCUUAAGUGCAGAAUUAAAGCUCGCCAUUGAUCAAGAGGACAGCCAUAAAUCACAAGUAUUCAUCAAAGCUAUUGGAAAGCUUGGUCAUCGUGCUAUUUUAGACGUUUUUGCCCCAUAUAUUGAAGGAAAAAUUAAGGUAUCGACUUAUCUGAGGACUCGCAUUGUUGAAAACUUACGAGUCUUAGCACAGCAACGUGAUAGCCACGUAAGAGCUGUUUUAUACAGUAUCUUAAAAAAUACUGCUGAGCCUUAUGAAGUACGAGUAGCUGCUAUUCAUAACAUAUUUAUGACUCAUCCUUCGAGUGCAAUGAUGCAAGCAAUGGCCCAAAUGACCAAUGAAGAUCCAAGCAAACAAGUACGGUCUGUCUUGAAGUCAGGAAUUAAUUCUGCUUCUGAACUGAAACACCCGCGUUUCUAUGAACUAUCUAAGAAAGCUGCUGCUGUAAAAGAUAUGUUGACGAAGGAAGAUUUCGGUUUGCAAGAGUCCGAAAAGUUAUUCAUGGAAUAUCCGAACAGAGAUAAUGAAUAUGACAUGAUAGGUGUUCUUUCACAAAUUGGAAGCAAGGACUAUUUCCUGGGUAACACGUACGAGUACUCCUGGAAAAACAGAGUCAGAGGCUGGGAUGAAGAAUAUAUGUAUUCAGGAACUGCUUCCAACAGACAACAAUUGGUCGAAUAUUUCUUUAACGAAGUUUUUAAAAUAACAAAUAAACAAGAACAUGCUGCUCCCAAUGAACCGAAUCACAAGUACUCUGCUCAAAAGAUAUCCGAUAUUUUAAAUAUCAAAAAUCAGGACAAUGAACCCUUGGAAGCGUCAAUUUAUUUUGAUUUGAUGAACCAACAACGCUACUUUGCUUUCAAUGAACAAGAUAUUAAAGAUUUAGGUGUUCAGUUUGGUGAAUGGUUAUCAAACUUGCCUAAAACUUCUAAUAAGCACUACACCAAAAUUCUUAGUGAAAACCAAGUCUCAGUUAUGUUCCCAUUAGCAGCUGGUGUGCCUUUCAUAUACAAGUAUAAAAAACCAACGCUUGUUCAUAUUCAAACCAAUAAUAAUGGACAAUUUAAUGCUAUGAAAAAUCAUGAAUAUAAACCUGAGAUGGUCCUGGAUAGUGACAUAUCGUUCACAUUAGCUGUAAAUUACGAAGGAAGUGUUGGUUUCCUGGACACUAUUUCCAAUCAAUACCCUAGUGUAGGUGUUGUAGAAAAGUUCCAAUUGCAUUUACCUAUUAAAAUGCGUUUGGAGGUUAAGUCAGGAGAGAUGAAAUUGAGGCUGGCGCCAAGGGAACCAGAGCAAGACAGUACGAUUGUACAUUACAGCGUGUGGCCGUACUCUGCGAAUCAAAAGAAGGACACCUUGGUUACGAUUUCACAGGAUCCCAACUCUAAAGUUAUCAUACGACCUCAAAAGGUAUUAUCAGUGGAUUAUAAAUUUGGUCAGCAAAUUGGAGCAAUAUUCCAACUUCAAGGAUACUCUUACGCUAACGACUACAGAAAUUUCGGAUGGUUCUUCAAUUCUAAGAAUUACCUUUCCAAUUUAUAUUUCGCACUGAAACAACGAGAUAUUGCUCAAACUCAUUGGAACUUAAGAUAUCUCGGAAAACAGUCGAAGAGUAAGGCAGUGUCUAUUUCAGCUGUUUAUGAUACCUUAUACAAUCAAAACAAUGGUGACAAAGUGCCACCAGUUGUACAACAAGUAGCAGACGUAUCACCUAACAGUCCAUCACGUCGAGAAGAGCUUGUAAAACGAGUCACUUCUGGAAUUAAAUUAGCAAAAGCCCAAGUUUUAGACCUUAGCGCUCAAUUUGAGUCACCCGAAAAAAUUGAGUACGUUGCAACACUAGCAAUUGGACAAAGUGAAGUUGAUCCCAAGAUGCAAUUCGAAUUGUUUACGGGUAGGAAUUCCGAUCAAAAUGGUCCAUACCAAGCUAAUGCUUUCGGGGUAAUCAAUAAGCCUGCGUCAAUAUCUCAAAUGAACUUCGUGGAAGCCCUAAAUAAUAAUUUGAAAUGGGACUUUGAAAUCGACUAUGCAAACAACCAAAAAGAAAAUGUUAAUAUCAAAGGUACAGCUGAAAGAACCGAGAAAUAUGCUGACGACCUUCAAAACCAUGCUUUGGGUAAAGAAUGCAAACAGGAAAUGAUGAAGGGGAACAACUAUCAGCACAAUUGCCAUAGGGCUAUUAUAAUGGCUCAUGCUCCCGAUAACUACAAAGUUUCCGUUACCUACAAGGAUAUCACUCCAAUGACUAAAAACUUUUACUACCAGUUGUACAAAUUUAUCGAAGGUCUCACUAUAUGGCAAUCAGAAAUAAGUACCCAGAAAGUUAACAGCGAAGGAAAAAUUGAUUUAAAUGUAAAUGCUUCAUUCUUAACAAAUACUUUGUGCUUGGCCCUUCAAACUCGGCUCGGUGAAAUGCGACUACGAAACGUUCCCAUUCCAAAAGCUACUGCUCCCUUUGUAGCUAUUUAUUGGCCGUACACGUCUUAUGAACGUGUACUUAAUCACUUCAGCCGACACCAGUUCCAACCUUACUGCAGCGUUGACGGUAGCAAAGUGAGGACAUUCAGUGACCGUAGCUACGAGUACACAUUAUCUCGAUCUUGGCAUGUAGUGUUAUACGACAAUCGACCAGAAAGAAACGAAAACUUGGCUGUAUUAGCGAGGAGACUUGAUGACAAUACCCGAGAGAUGUACAUCUCUUUCAGAUCCCACACCGGCAAAGAUUUAGAGUUACAAGUGCAACCAGCACCCCAAACUCAAAAGAGUUACGUAGUCCAGGUAAAGACCAACGCUAAGAAGGUUUCAGAGGGAGACAAAACGAUGUACUGGGAUGACAUCGAGGAGCUGCCAAUGCUCGAGUACCACACCGAAGAUAAUGGCGUUUUAAUCAUUAAAAUCCGCGAAAAUCAGCUUCGAGUCAUGUACGAUGGUUCAAGACUAGUUUUCAUCACAAACUGGAAUCGUAAUAACAACAGAGGUAUCUGCGGGUACAUGAGUGGAGAGCCUCGUGAUGAUUAUUUAUCACCAAACGGCUUACUCGACAAACCUGAAUUGUACGCUGCCUCUUAUAUUUUGAUUGACGCUGACAGUGAUUCCAAAGAAAAAGAGUUAAAUGAUCAAGCUAAAAAAAUGGCUUAUCAGCCAAAGAAAACAUAUACAGUUGUUUUACGAUCCAAUGAAGAUUGGCAGAACAACAUGCGUCUGACAUCUAACGAGGAGUUGGCUUCUCAAACAGUUUACAGAUCAAGAAAUUAUCAAAAGAGUAAAAAGCCUUGUGAGGUGAAGCCCCAAGUCCAGUAUUUCGAGAACCAUGAUGAGAUCUGUAUUACAACGGAACCCUUGCCUGCUUGCCAGAUGCAAUGCACUGGCAGUGAUUACAGUGUCCAUGCAGCUCAAGUAGUAUGUCGGCCAAAGCUUGACACCCAGUUCCGUUCAUACAGGGACCAAAUUCUUCAAGGCAAAAAUCCGAGAGUCAUUGGAGUUCCCCGCAUUGUUGAAUACGGUGUACCCGCGUCUUGCAAAGCGUAAAUGAUAUUUUAAAUGUGAUUAUAACUCCUCAUUCGACUAAUGGCUUCGCAAUGGACAACGAAUAUAUUCACAUAUUUACAUCAAUUUGGCUUUAUCUUAUAUAUGUAUAGAAAUUUCAUCUAUUGUUUGUAGUAUAUGUAUAAUUUUAUGUA